AUGGCAAGCAAUAACGAUGACCUAAUGGAAUUAAACAUUCUAGACGAUUGUCUUUGGUCGGAAGGGUGGGAACCUGAUCUUAUAAAAGACUUAGCUGAGGAAGGUAUCGAGUUUUCAACUUUAUUAGAGAUGGUGCAUAAUCCACCCCGAAUUCCAGCAAAUGCUCUUCCAGUUGAUCCGAAAACAUGGACGGUGACAGAUCCAGUGACAGGACGUCGAAGACCACCGCGUCUUUUCGAAUUUCUUUUGCUGCUACUUAAGAACCCUGAUUAUCAAUCCUUUAUAUCGUUCAAAGAUCUAUCUAAAGGUGUUUUCGAGAUUCACGAGCCUGAAGAAGUCGCAUACCUAUGGCAACAGAUAAAAAACAGGCAGGCAACACAGGACAUGACCUACGACAAACUAGCGCGUGCCGUCAGAUGGUACUACAAAAAAGGUUUGAUGGUGAAAACAAACACAAAGUACACGUUUCAGUUUUCGAGAGAGCUAUUGCAGGAUAUAGUUGCUGAUCAGCCUGAUGAUAUUGCACGUAUGAAUCAAUCGUAA